CAUUGUCGAACAACAAUGCGCAGCACGUCACGUGACAGUCUCUUCCGGUUCACGCGGCUGUGUUCGGUAACGUGCGUGUCGUCACACUGGGCAUGUGCUGCUCUUCGUUGGGGUAGCAUCAGUAUGGCGGUGCCGUGGAGCCGAUGCUGGAGGAGCAGCACUGGAGCGGCUGUAUUGCUGGACUGGUGUUGCGGGUUCAGCAGAAGAGCUUUCGCUCGCGCGGCUUCAGGAGGCGGAAGAACAGAGAGCUCCACCGCUGCGACACAGGUUUUAUUCCGGCAGGGCCCUGUAUAUAAUUUUAACAAACCAAUGACUAUUGCAAGGCACAGGACUAGAUGUCUGUACACAACACCACGAGUCUGUUGCAGUAUACGCAGUGAUACAAAGCUAAAAGAUCCUUUCUCACUAGCGCAAAAAGACUUGCAAAAUUUAUAUGAAGACAUAAAAAAGCAGUUGCUCGUCUCUAAAGCGGAGCUGAAAGCGUUGUGUGAUUAUUACUUUGAUGGAAAGGGAAAAGCCUUUCGACCAAUGAUUGUAAUCCUGAUGGCUCGAGCUUGUAACGUCCACAGCAAUAAAGAGGGGGUUCUGCUGCCGGCGCAACGCUCCAUCGCUAUGAUCUCUGAGAUGAUCCACACUGCCAGCCUGGUGCAUGACGACGUUAUUGAUGAUUCGGACACGAGACGUGGCAAAAACACCAUUAAUCAAGUCUGGGGAGAGAGAAAAGCUAUCCUGGCUGGAGAUUUCAUUCUGUCAGCGGCAUCCAUGGCAUUAGCACGUAUUGGGGACACUACAGUAGUGUCUGUGCUGUCACAAGUCAUAGAAGACCUUGUGCGAGGUGAAUUUAUGCAGCUGGGUUCUAAAGAGAAUGAAAACGAGAGAUUCAAGCACUACCUUGAGAAAACCUUUAAGAAGACUGCAAGUCUCAUUGCGAACAGUUGUAAAGCAGUGUCAAUUUUGGUGAAUUCUGAUCCUGAGGUGCAUGAGAUCGCCUAUCAAUAUGGACGAAAUGUUGGCAUUGCAUUCCAGCUUGUGGAUGACAUUCUGGACUUCACUUCCAGUGCAAACCGCUUGGGGAAGCCGUCAGCUGCCGAUCUCAAACUGGGUCUGGCCACCGGUCCCGUUCUGUUCGCUUGUCAACAGUUUCCUGAGCUGCAUGCAAUGAUAAUGAGACGCUUCAGCUCUGAUGGAGAUGUGGAUCGAGCCUGGCAAUAUGUCCUGAAGAGUGACGGUGUGGAACAGACUAACUACCUCGCCCAACACUACUGCCAAGAGGCCAUUCGGCAGAUCAGCCGUCUGCGGCCGUCCACAGAGCGAGACGCGCUCAUCCGACUGACCGAGCUGGUGCUGCGCAGGGACAAGUGAGCCUGGACGCAGAGCUCCACACUCAGGCAGCUACACCUCUGCAGAGCCCUGCUGCGAGACACGUGGGGCUUCAGAGAUCAAAGAAUCCACUGUAAGCUUUACCGUACUGUAAUCGCAGAGCCCUGACCUCCGUUAACCUCUGGUACAGAAGGAGAAACUCUGUGAAAUCAUUGUAAUUCCAGGUGUAGCACAGACAGAGGUGCUACCAUCACGUGUGUGUCUAUAUGGAUCCGUUACAGAUGAUCGCUUAAACAUCCGUCCACACUAUGAAAGGCCGAACGUCUUCGAUGUCUAAGAUGUUCUUGUUAAUGUACUUUUGCAUCAAGUGCUUAAUAACAACCAAGGCCUUAAACCUCACUGGCUAUUUACUCAAAUUAAAAAAGGUAUUUUUUAAAGUAAACACCCUGUUUGACU